UGUUUUGAGCCAGCUAACCAGAUGUUGAAAUGUAACCCUCGCUAUGGUAAAUACAUGGCUUGCUGCCUAUUUUACCGUGGUGACGUGGUCCCCAAAGAUAUCAAUGCUGCCAUUGCCAACAUCAAGACCAAACGUACCAUCCAGUUUGUGGACUGGUGCCCCACUGGCUUCAAAGUUGGCAUUAAUUACCAGCCUCCCACUGUGGUACCUGGUGGAGACCUGGCCAGAGUACAGCGAGCUGUGUGCAUGCUGAGCAACACUACAGCUGUUGCUGAGGCCUGGGCUCGCCUGGACCACAAGUUUGACCUGAUGUAUGCCAAGCGUGCCUUUGUCCACUGGUACGUGGGUGAGGGCAUGGAGGAAGGAGAGUUUUGUGAAGCCCGUGAGGACAUGGCUGCCCUUGAGAAGGAUUAUGAGGAAGUUGGAGCUGAUAGUACUGAGGGAGGGGAUGAGUUCCAGGAGGACCCGGGCCUGGCUGUCUGGGCCCCUUCCUCGCUCUUCUUCGGGGAGGCGGAGCUGCUUCUCUCCGUGAUGAGUCUGAAGAAGGUGCUGAACAGGGAAUGGCAGCCUCGGAGACCUGCUGACCUGCAGGGGCUCAUGUAA